CUUGAUAUUCAUUGGUAGCAGAAAAAUAGCAGACUACAUUUUUGGUAUUUGUGAAUGCGAAUAAGAAAAAUCUCAGAAUGGCCAGUGUGAUUAAAAGUACCACGCGUCAAGUUAGACCGAUUUUAUCACUAGAUAAAUCUGACGCCCGUAGACAGGUUCUAAAAUUGUACAAAGCUUGGUAUCGCCAAAUCCCUAUCAUUGUAUGGGAAUUCGAUAUUCCUAGGACCGUGGAUCAAUGUAAAGCUAAACUUCGGGAAGAGUUCAUAAAACAUAGAAAUUUAACGGACAUUCGAGUUAUUGAUAUGUUGAUCGUCAAGGGACAGAUGGAACUGCGAGAGACAACAGAAUUGUGGAAGACCAAGGGACAAAUAAUGUACCUCUUCAAAGACACAGUUGAAAAGAAACCAACCGAUUUCCUUUCUAAGUUCUUAGCGGGUCAGGAUUAGUGCGUAUUAAGUGGUUUCGAGGAAAUUAUUUAGUCCCGAUGAUUCUCCGUAGAUAGCAAGAAGGAGAUUAUGUAAUCUAAGUCAUUCACUGGUAGUGCUCAAGACUUAGAUUGUGAACAAUGGUGUGAGUUAUUCCUUAACCAUUAAUUAUAAACGUAUUGAUUGCUAAUCGCCGCCUUUCCAUACGAUGUCAAGAUUACAAUGUCAUCACGUGCCAAGGACUAACAGAUGAGUGAAGAAACAAAGUGAAAUUUUAUUACCUAAAAUUGAGUGAUUAUUAGAAUAUCUAAUACAUUAAAAUUAUGAAUAUUUAAAAAGAAGUCAUCCUCCAGUAAGGAGUAA